CAGACAGACGUUGUGCAAUGCGUGUAAUCUGAAAGUGAAGACGGUCAAUUUUGUGCCGUGCUUCUUGCACAAUCUUUCGGGCUACGACGCGCAUUUCAUCGUCACUGAAUUGGGGUACGACGACCAAAGGAUUUCGGUCAUACCGAAUUCCGAGGAGAAGUAUAUUUCGGUCACGAAACACGUGACCAAUAACUUCUCCAUACGGUUUGUCGACACCUUCCGGUUCAUGGCCUCCUUCCUGUCCACCUUGACCGGUAACCUAAUGACAUCCGAUUUCGUUAAAUUCCGGGAGACGGCCAAGGUGUUCCGCCCGGAAGACAUGCCGUUGGUAACGCGUGAGGGCGUAUACCCUUACGAGUACACUGAUAGUUGGGCUAAAUUGGACGAAACGGAACUACCACCUCAAGACGCUUUCUAUAGUCAGUUAAGUGAGUCGAAUAUCGAUGAUGAUGACUAUAGACAUGCCACAGAGGUGUGGAAUCGUUUCGGUUGCUCAACCCUCGGCGAGUACAGCGACCUAUACCUAAAGAUUGACGUGCUGUUGUUGGCUGACAUGUUUGAGAACUUUCGCGACAUCUGUAUUACAACAUACAAUUUGGACACGGCGCACUAUUAUACCGCACGGGGUUUUAGCUUCGAUUGUAUGUUGAAGUGAACCAGGGUGAAGCUGGAGCUCUUAAACGACUACGACAUGCUACUGAUGGUGGAACAGGGCAUUCGUGGUAGGCUGGUGCAGACCUUCAAGCACUAUGCCAAGGCCAAAAAUCCAAAGACACCUGGUUACGAUCCGACAAAACCAGACUCAUGGAUCGUGUAUCAAGAUUGUAAUCACCUUUACGGGUGGGCUAUGAGUCAGCCCAUGCUACAAGGUGGCUUCCAGUGGUAUGAAGGAUCAGAUCCUCUGGCCGACCUCCAAUUGCUUUCGGACACUGGUAAUACGGAGCGUAUAUAUGAAGUAGAUGUAUCGUAUCCAGAAGAGUUGCAUGACGAGCACAAUGACUUGCCGUUCUUGCCUGGCAACGAUGUACCGCCGGGUUCCAAAGAGACCAAACUCAUGGCCACUUUGAAACCCAAACAACGGUACGUCGUACACUAUUUCAACUUGAAACAGGCGAUCGCACACGGACUGCAAAUCGAUAAAGUGCACCGCGUUUUAGAGUUUCAACAAAACGCUUAGUUGAAACCGUACAUUGAGUUAAACACUGAAAUG